GGUUUGCUGCUCCAAGAGCGUGUGCGUGACGUGCAGCAGGGACCUGUCCUGCAUUGUCCACCACUCUUUCAGAAAACCUCUAAUUAUUUUCUCAAAACAAGACUUGUUUUCUGCUCUUAAAAUCAUUUAUUUUGACGGUCUACAAAAUGACUAUAAGAUCGAACCGAGACCAUGGACAACGUUAUCGGCCACGAAUGUCCUGCCUUAAAAAGUUGGAGGCCACAGUGGUUCAGAUGCAGGUCCCUUCGACUGGAGUGAAGGGAACAGAUCAGAAGCUAAACGUUACAGUCAUUCCCCAUGUCAUUACUGGUCAGGAUAUUGUUGCAUGGAUCACCAAAAAUAUGAACAUCGACAAUGAUGAGGCUCAAGCAUUUGGCACAAUGCUUGUGGCAUUCGGGUAUAUCUACCCUCUGCAGGACCACAAAAAGCUUGUCCUCAGACCAGAUGGCAGUGUGUACCGCUUUCAGACCCCCUAUUUUUGGCCUGUGCAGAAAUGGAAGGCUGAGGACACUGAUUAUGCAAUCUAUCUGGCAAAGAGAAACAUUCGAAAAAAGGGAGUGCUUAAUGCUUAUGAGCAGGAGGAAUACAGCAGGCUUCACAAAUGGAUGAACCACAAAUGGGAUUUUAUUGUGAUGCAAGCGAAAGAGCAGUACCAUGCUGGGAAGGCGCGUCAGAAGGCAGACAGGGUUGUGUUUGACUGUCAGGAAAGAGCCUACUGGAUUGUCCACAGGCCUCCACCUCAAACUCACAGCGCUAUGGAUUACGGCCUGGAUCGUCAUAUUGACCCUAAUGCGGAGGAGAAAAAAACCUAUGAUUACUACAGAAGAAUUAUCAUCUACACACAACAGGCCGUCAUGAGGUCAAGGGUCAAGUCUUCAGUGUCUCUUGGAGCCCUGGCCAAGUAUAUAACAACAUUUAAGAACCACGACCCAUUCCUCGUUCCCUGCCUCCCCAGCAAUCCCUGGCAAACCGAUGACGACUCUUACUGGGAGUUGAAUGCGCCAGAUGUUGAAAUUCCCACAAAGAUGAGAGUGGAGCGCUGGUCCUUUAGCUUCUACGAGUUGCUUAAUGACUCACGGGGCCGUGCAGACUUCAAGAUUUUCCUAAAGAAAGAAUUCAGCGGUGAGAAUCUAGCUUUCUGGGAAGCUGCUGAGGAGCUGAAAUGGGGCACGGCAGCUUCUAUGUCAGAGAAAGCAGAGCAAAUUUUCAAAACCUUUUUGGCCCCAGGAGCACCACGCUGGAUCAACAUUGAUGGCAGGACAAUGGGUCUUACAGUAAAGGGACUGGAACAUCCUCACCGAUACGUACUAGAUGCUGCCCAAACUCACAUCUUCAUGCUGAUGAAAAAGGAUACCUUUUAUCGCUACCUGAAAUCACCAGUUUACAAGGAAAUGCAGAAAAAGGCCAUUUCACCAGCACCACACAAUUUCACUGAGGCCCAGCUGCAGCAGAACAUGAGGAACCGCAGGCCGAGCAUCGACCCCAUCAUCACCUGGCAGAAGGAGCAGGAAGAGAAAGCAAAGGCAGAAGCCGCAGCUGGACCCAUAGACAUUAAAAAACUGAUGGCCAGCAAACUAGAUCGCAAAUAGAAAGUCAGAGACAGAGAUGCAUGCUGAAAAUGCUUUACCUAACAAGCCAUGUACAUACGACUGCCGAACAGUUAGUUCCUA